AUGGCCGCUGAGCAAAGAAAGCUGCUGGAGCAGCUCAUGGGCGAGCAGUUGCUGGCUGGCCCCGGUGCAUCGCGCGCUCCCCAACUCUCCAUCACUGAUCCAAAGGUGUGCCGCUCCUACCUUGUCGGCACCUGUCCUCACGACCUGUUUACCAACACCAAACAAGAUCUCGGCCUGUGUCCAAAGACCCACAGCGAAGCCUUGAAGUCCGAGUACGAGAACGCAGACGACCAACAAAAGCGCAAAUGGGGUUUCGAGUUCGACUACAUGCGAGACAUGCAAAAAUACAUCGAUGACUGCAACCGCCGCAUAGACAGUGCCCAGCGCCGCUUGGAAAAGACCCCCGACGAAAUUCGCCAAACGAACGCUCUCCUGAAACAGAUUGGCGAACUGUCGCGCAAUAUCGAGGACGGUCUGAUUGAGAUUCAGAUCCUGGGCGAGUUGGGUAGUGUCAACACGGCCGUGACAGAAUACUUCCGCAUCCGACAGCAAAAGCAAUUGAAGGAAGACCGCGAACGUGAGCUCAAGGCUCUUUCCGACACGUCUGGUCCCUCGGGUCACCAGAAGUUGCAAGUCUGCGAUGUGUGCGGCGCAUACCUCAGUCGACUCGACAACGAUCGCAGAUUGGCAGACCACUUCUUUGGAAAGAUGCAUCUUGGUUAUGCUCAAAUGCGCAAGACAUACCAGCAACUACAAAAGGACCUCCAAGGCAGACAACCGCCGAUUCGCGACGAGCCUUCUGGUCCCAGAGGCGGCUACGACGACAGAGAUUACGGCGGUCGCAGCGGAGGAUACGGUAGACGUGGCGGAGGUGGUGGUGGCUUUGGAAGAAGAGGUGGUGGCAGAUGGUGAUGAGGAAUCUAUUGGGCUACGAAAGGAGAAGCGGCGUCUAUGCAGCAAACGAGGAUACAGCUUGGUUGGUCUGUUUUUAUGGCGCAAUACCCGCAUGAGGCAUGGCAGCGAGG